AUGAUGUUGUUAGGAAGAUGUUUUGUAAUCUACGUUUUAAUUUUAAUGUUAUGCUUAUGUCGUCAUCAUGUUUAUAGUCUUGGUUCUAUGUCAUCUAUUGCAAUCUCGUAUGGUGAAAAAGGUUCGGUUUUUUGUGGUUUGAAAUCAGAUGGAUUGAAUAGUGUGACAUGUUAUGGAUCUAACUCGGCUAUAAUGUAUGAAACGCCUACGCGUUUUUCGUUUCAUGGCUUAACGGGUGGUGAUGGAUUUGUUUGUGGGCUUUUAAUGGAUUCGAAUCAGCCUUAUUGUUGGGGUAAUAGUGGGUAUAUUCAGAUGGGUGUGCCUCAACCUAUGAUUAGAGAAGCUCAGUACUUGGAAAUUAGUGCUGGUGAUUACCAUGUAUGUGGAUUGAGAAAGGUUAGGAAUAGAAAUGUUUCUUUGGUGGAUUGUUGGGGAUAUAACAUGACUGCAAAUUACGUGUUUGAUGGAAUGAUUCAGUCGAUUUCAGCAGGUUCUGUGUUUAAUUGUGGGUUGUUUUCGAACAAUGGGAGUGUUUUUUGUUGGGGUGAUGAGACUAGUAGUAAGGUGAUUAGUUUGAUUCCUCUGAAAAUGAAGUUUAGAAUGAUUUCUGCUGGUGGGUUUCAUGUUUGUGGAAUCUUGGAAGAGGUGGAUUCCAGAACUUUUUGUUGGGGGAGAAGCUUGAACAUUGAGGAGCAGAUUUCAGUGACACAUGUAAGUGGUGAAGGAAAUGUUGAUUUGGCUCCGAAUGAUCCUAUGAUUUCUGUAGUGGGUGGAAGGUUUCAUGCUUGUGGAAUAAAAAGCUAUGAUCAUAGAGUUAUUUGUUGGGGAUUUAUCAUCAAACCAAGCACUUCAGUUCCUACUGAGGUUAAGGUUUAUGAGAUUGCAGCUGGUGAUUAUUUUACUUGUGGAGUACUUGCUGAGAAAAAGCCACUUAGGCCUGUUUGUUGGGGCGUCGCUUUUCCUAUGUCUCUUCCUUUACCGGUUUUACCAGGACUAUGCAAGCCUUCUCCAUGCCCUUCUGGUUUCUAUGACUUUGAUCAGCAAAAGGGUCUUUGUGAGUCUCCAAAUUCUGGUCUUUGCAAGCCAUGCAGUGGUGAUUGUCCUGUUGAAAUGUAUCAGAAAAGUGGAUGCACUUUGGAAUCUGAUAGAAUGUGCGAAUAUAACUGUUCGUCUUGUUCUUCACCCGAAUGCUUCUUACACUGCUCGUCUUCUUAUUCCAAUACCAGAACAGAGAAGAAAAAUGAGAAAUUUUGGGCUUUGCAGUGGCCCGUGGUUAUCGCAGAGAUUGGUUUGGUUCUUUUCAUAUCCUGCAUUGUAAUUUUGAUAGCGGUUUUAUAUGUUCACCAUAGACUAAGAGAUUGUGAGUGUUCAGCAAGGUUUAAAAAGUCGAAGAAACUUGAUGCGAGUUCUUCCCUCCAAGAUGAGAACAUCAAUAAGAUCCGUCCGGAAAUGGAGGAGUUCAAGCUUAGGAAGGCUCAGAGAUUCACCUAUAAAGAACUGGAAACUGCAACAUGUGGAUUCAAAGAGGAGUCCAUAGUAGGAAAAGGAAGUUUUGCUUGUGUAUUCAAAGGUGUUCUACAAGAUGGAACCGUUGUAGCUGUUAAAAGGACUAUAGUAUCUCUAUCUUUUCCUCCCAACAACACGCACAAGAAUUUCAAAGAGUUUCACACUGAACUCGAUUUACUCUCGAGAUUAAACCAUGCGCAUUUGCUCAACCUUCUAGGAUAUUGUGAAGAAGGCGGAGAAAGACUUCUUGUCUACGAGUUUAUGGCGAAUGGAUCUUUGUAUCAACACCUACAUGGAACAAACCAUGUUUUGAAACAGCAACUAAUCUGGAUAAGAAGGGUAACGAUAGCAGUUCAAGCAGCUCGCGGAAUCGAAUAUUUGCACGGCUACGCUUGUCCACCUGUGAUUCAUAGAGACAUUAAAUCCUCAAACAUACUCAUUGAUGAAGAACACAAUGCUAGAGUAGCUGAUUUUGGUUUAUCAUUGUUAGGUCCUGUAGACAGUAACUCUCCACUCUCCGAGCUACCGGCUGGAACUCUCGGUUACCUUGAUCCCGAAUACUAUAGGCUUCAUUACCUCACAACGAAAUCCGACGUCUAUAGUUUCGGCGUCCUACUCUUGGAAAUUCUAAGUGGUAGAAAAGCCAUUGACAUGAUGCAAUAUGAAGAAGGGAAUAACAUAGUUGAAUGGGCAGUACCAUUGAUUAGAUCAGGCGAUAUAGCUGCGAUUCUGGAUCCGAUUCUUAAACCUCCUCAUGAUCUCGAAGCAUUGAAAAAGAUAGCUAAUGUUGCUUGUAAAUGUGUGAGAAUGAGAGGGAAAGAUAGACCUUCAAUGGACAAAGUAACAACAGCUUUGGAAAGAGCUCUUGCAGUGUUAAUGGGCAGUCCAUGCAUCGAGCAACCGAUUUUGCCUUCUGAGGUUGUUUUAGGAAGUAACAGAUUGCAUAAGAAAUCGUCUCAAAUGUCAUCGAAUAGGUCUGAAAAUGAGGAUCAAAGAUUUGAGCUUAGAGCACCUUCAUGGAUAACAUUCCCUAGUGUUGCAUCUUCUCAAAGAAGAUCAAUGUCAGAGGUAGACGGUGAUGGAAAAGUUAUAGAAGUGAAGAAUGUAGGCAAUGUUGGAGGGAUCAGUGAUGUGUUGAGAAGUUUAGAGGAAGAGAUUGGACCUGCUUCUCCAUGCCAGAGGUCGUUCUUGGAGCACAACUUCUAA